GAAAGCAGUUGGCUUUGCAGCCUUAUAUCAUCCAAGAUUCUGCUACCAGCGUCGAACGUAAAAUACAAUCCACGAUCACCUUGCUUCCUGAAGCAAAUGGAUGACUCAUCACACCUGGGUCAACAUUGGGUGUGCCAGCCUUGGGUGUGCCCGAUCCUAUAUAUUAUCGAUUGUCUUCUUGGUCUUUGUCGUUCGUCUAACCUGGUCGAACCGUUAGGAAGGGAGGCUUGCUAAUAUCUGCAAUUGGAAGUGGAACUUUCAGGUUGGUCGCCAUGUCGUCCCGUCGCGCCGCCACCCGUCGUGGGGUCACCAAGAAGCGUGCCCAGCGCGCCACCUCCAAUGUAUUCGCCAUGUUUGCACAAGAGCAGAUCCAGGAGUUCAAAGAGGCCUUCAACAUGAUCGACCAGAAUCGCGACGGAUUCGUCGACAAGGAGGACCUUCAUGACAUGCUUGCCUCUCUAGGCAAGGACCCGACCGACGAGUACCUGGAGGGUAUGAUGGGCGAGGCGCCGGGCCCGCUCAACUUCACUAUGUUCCUGACGCUGUUCGGCGAGCGGCUGCAGGGCACCGACCCCGAGGAGGUCAUCAAGAACGCCUUCGGCUGCUUCGACGAGGAGAACUCGGGCGUCAUCUCUGAGGAGUUUCUGCGCGAGAUCCUCACCUCCAUGGGCGACCGAUUCAGCCAGGAUGAUGUGGACGACAUGUACAAAGAGGCACCCAUCAAGAAUGGUAUGUUCGACUACGUGGAGUUCAUCCGUAUUCUGAAGCACGGAGCUAAGGAGAGGGACGAACAGUAAACGCCGACGGAAAAUCACGCAACGCGCUUUUCAGCACGGGCUGCUGACUGCUAGAUUGUGACGAACGGAUAUGACCAAUGGGGAGCAGACUGUCCAGUAUAUUUAUUGGCCAACUUUUAACUUAAUCUAGAUGAUCAGCGGGCGAUAGCCCCUAAAACAUAGCUGCCUGCCAAGAUGCACAGCGUGUGCACUUUCGGAGGCCAGCUGUAUUUUUCUAUCAGUCGACGGCAGGAACGUGAUUUUAAGAGCGACUUUGAAUAAUGUGGUGGGAGUGUUUUGCGGCGGCAGCGUGAUAUUGCCGUUCUUGUAGUAACUAUGCUUAUUGCUUUUGCUGUUAUGCUAACAUUCUAUGAGGACUCUACGCGUGGAAAGCACAUCUUCCUUUACAAGUGUUAUUGCCAUUUUAACGGUUUUGUAAGAAUACAAUCGCAAAACUGAAUAAAUUUUUGGAUUCAA